GAAUGUCACAUAGGUUGGCGUUGGCGCUAUGUUUUUUUUUAAACUCUCAAACCAAACAAACCACCACCACCUUCCUCCAUUGCCGAUUUUUUCUCUUCCUCAGUGUUAUGUUCUCAGACCAUCGCCAUGAACAAAGAAAACUCGCAAGAAGAUUCACUAACACCCGAACAACGAGCUCGAAUUUCUCUCAGGUUCAGAGCUGCCAAAGCCCUUCUUGCUCGCAAAAAGCCUCGCUUUUCCUCUCCUCUUUCUGUCCCACUCAAGACUACUACUAAACUUGGUAGUAGCUGUUCGACUUGGGUUCCUAAGACUGAGAGAGUCCCACUGAAGGAGUUGCAGAAACCUUUGGAGUCUUUAUCUGCAUCAAGGGUAUCCAACCAAAGUGACAGCAGAUAUGUUGAGGUAUCUUCGCCAAUGCGUAGUUUUGCAGAUAGGUUAUUGGAUAGUUCGACAAGUGAGAGCAAUGGAUGCUCCAGGGAUGGGAGUCUAUCUACUCCAAUCAAUGCACAAGUGCAACGAUCUAAAUCCUUUAGUAUAAAUCACUGCUCACCAGUUUCCAGUGUUCUUGAUGAAGAGUUUGACUCGUCAAUUUUUGAAGAAAUCGAUUUAUUGCUUGAUGGGACUCAUGGGAGUUCAGCUAAACAAUCUGAGAGGGAAGUAGAUACCAGACAGGAUCAUAUGCCAAAAACUGAACCUGAUGAUGGGAACCACUCCAAUACGAGGACCUUCUUUCAUACCGAGAUUGAUAAUCUACAUGAUGUUCAAGGUGAUGUUUCAUCACCUCUCAUUGGGAAAGUAAACAUAACACUAUCAAAAGAGUGUUCAGGCAUGCCAGAAUCUUAUUCUAAGUAUUUGGAGUCACUUAAUGAGGAUCAACUGGAUGCUGCUUCUACUGAUGCCUCAACCCCAUUGAUGGUUGUAGCUGGUCCAGGAAGUGGAAAGACAUCGACAAUGGUUGGGCGUAUUUUGAUGCUGUUAAAUCAGGGCAUUGGUCCAUCCCACAUACUGGCAAUGACUUUCACAACAGCAGCAGCUUCUGAAAUGAGAGAUCGGGUUGGAGUAGUAGCUGGAAAGGAAGUAGGCAAAGCAUUAACCAUCAGCACCUUCCAUUCAUUUUCUCUGCAACUCUGUCGUGCUCAUGCAGAUAAGUUGGGUCGAACAUCAGAAUUCUUGAUUUAUGGGCAUGGGCAACAAAGGAGAGCAGUUAUUGAGGCAGUCCGUUUAACUGAAAGCAAUAGCGGAAUACAAAGUCUUGAUAAUUGUGAGAAAAAUAUUUCUGCCGAUGAUAUUAAGAUCCAAGAUUUCAAGGAGAAGUCCCAAAAAUGGCAGAAAUUUGUGACUAAGGCUAAAGCAUCUGGUAAGAUGCCCGAAGAAUGCCGUCAAAUGGGUGAUCAAUUUGGAGCUACAGUCUUGAGCAAUUACAAUGACAUAUUAAGAUCUUGUAAUGCUCUAGAUUAUUAUGACUUGAUCAGCUGCUCAGCGAAGCUGCUAACUGAUUAUCCUGAAGUCCUGGAGGAAUGUCAAGCAUCAUGGAAAGCUAUCAUUGUAGAUGAGUUUCAGGACACAAGUUCUAUGCAAUAUGACCUUUUAAGGCUGCUAGUAUCCCAUGGACAUAUAACUAUUGUUGGUGAUGAUGAUCAGUCCAUAUUCAGUUUUAAUGGGGCAGACAUAUCUGGAUUUGACUCAUUUCGAAAAGAUUUCCCCUGCCACAAAGAGGUACGGCUAAAGAAAAACUAUCGAUCUACUCGCUGUAUCGUUGAUGCUGCUGCUUCUUUAAUUCGGCAUAACGUAAAGCGAAGUCAAUUGAAACAAGCAUUUACGGAUAAUUCUUCUGGUUCUAAGAUAACAUUAAAGGAGUGUUACACUGAGUAUGCACAAUGUGCAUAUGUCGUUGAUAAAAUACUGGAAACCGUGUCAAAUUCCUCAGAAACUAAUUGUUCGUUUGGCAAUAUUGCAAUUCUUUACAGGAGGCAGGUGUCAGGCAGAGUUUUCCAAGCAACCUUCCGUGAUAGGAAAAUUCCUUUUAAUGUCCAUGGUGUGGCAUUCUACAGAAAAAAGGUAAUAAAAGCAAUCUUAGCCAUGGUUAAAACAGCUUUGCCUGGGUGUGAUGAUAACCCUUUUCGUCAAGCAUUCAAAACUCUGUUGCUAUAUGAGAAGGAAGAAAAAAAGAAAGUAAUAGAACACAUUGAUAAAAUAUCAACCAUAAGGAAGUGCAGCUUUAUUUCAGCUGCGUCUGACAUAUUUAAUGCAAAGAUAUCGGGUACCUUCAAGAGUUCUGUUUACAGAAGUCAACUCAGCCAAGGACGAAAAGUGCUUCAAACACUUGAGAUGAUAUCAAAACUCGUCUGUCGGGAACAAUCAAUAUCUUCUAUCAUUACAUCUAUUGCGAAUCUCCUCCCUCAGAAAUACCUUCUUGAACAGCGGGCAGUAAUUAGUGUUGAUGGAGGGAAACUACUGAAUGAAGACAAUGAUCUCAGAUCUGUGCUUCAAUACUUACUAGAUGAUGUGAAUGAUUUUUUAUCAUCACAAUCUGUUCCAAGAAAAACUGUACUGGAUGAUAUUGUGAAAAACAAAGGUUGUAUUCACGUACUUCAGGCUUUUGUGGACUAUAUAUCUGAAAGGGAGAAGGAAAAUUUUCGCUCAAGGAGACAAGAUAAUCUAGAUUCAGUCACAUUGACUACCAUUCAUCAGUCAAAAGGCUUGGAAUGGGACAUUGUGUUCAUAGUCAAGGCAAAUGAUUCGGAGAUUCCACUGUUACAUGAGCAUAACGGUGUUGCUACGGAACGUGGAAAUUCUCUUGAGGAAGAACGGCGUCUAUUGUAUGUGGCUAUGACUCGUGCUCGAAAAAAGCUUUUUAUGUUGUAUGUGACAAUGGACUCAAACUGGCAGGUGCUUCACCCUUCUCGUUUUUUUCAAGAGAUUCCAACGCAUCUACUGGAGGUUCAGGCAGACUUGAAUUUAUCUGUACAUAAAGAACUAUCUGUCAAAAUCAAGUCUGAAGCUAUGGAGCCAUGGGAAGCUGUAAUAGGAAAUGAUUCUCCUAGCUGCAAGAUAGACAAAGCAUCGGAAGAUUCAAGAAAUAUAGAAGCCUCAGAAGAUUUGAUAAAUAUAGAAGCAUUAAGUGGAAACAGUUUCUUGAAAAAGUUCAAUGUUGAAGACCGAGCACUGGUUUCACGAAUAUUUCAUCAAUGGGCCAAGAAAAAGGCUUUUCAAGAUCCUAAGAGGCUACUUGACAAGGUGAACUUUGUUAUCAAUGAACGUUUGAAUAUCAAGAAAGGGAAUAACAAGGAUAUUUUGGUUGCAUUGAAGUUGUUCCUGAAAUGUGAAGAAGCAUUUCAAUUUGCUGACUAUGUUAUAAAGUGGGAGCUGAUACCAUCUGAGAAACGUCUGCAUUUGACAAGGGAAAGACAGGAACAUUUCCAGAAACAGCGGAUGGAGACUGCAAUGGGUUCAUCAUCCCCAACUUCUAAGCAGAUUGGUUAUCUGCGUAGCUUGGGCUGCACAAUCGUCCCUGAAUCAAAGCUGCAUGCUUCUCGGUUAAUAGAACAAUACAAAACUCUUUAGGGACUAUGAAAAUUCACUCACUUAUUUAUUUACAGGUAAAAGUCCUAAUCUUUGCAGCAUUUACGUUUAUUUAUUUAUUUAUUUUUAAUUUUUAAUUAAAUUGUUUUCUUUUAGUGCUAGGAAGUUUAGCAAGAAUUUUUUGUAAUCUUUGAUAACCUAUUUUUGUUUUGUAUGGAUAGCCAAUUCAUUCAUGCCUGUUUCUCGGAUGUAUCUUUUUGACUGGGAACUUUUCUGAAAAUAAAUUUUGAUGUUUGCUGAAACUCUAAUAUGUAUAGGGUCAAAAUAUACUUAGAUUAGUAUUCAAACUCUAUGUACUUUAGCAAAAUCCAUAAUUAUGUGGUAUUAAGUAUGAUUUAUCUAUCUCUUGGCAUCUGAUUAACUAUCACGUGGAGCUCAUAAAAGGAGUUUCUUGCUUCUGAGAUGUUGAACUUCCUGUAAUUUGAAGUCAUAGUAUCCUGCAUCAAGGUUACCUAUGACUAUGAGGCUAUAAUUCUGUUCAGAGCUUUCUCAGUCUCCUUUGUAGAACUUCUUAGUCUCUAGUAUUGUGAGACAUUUAAUGACUAGUAAAACCUAGUUGGUAUUAAAUUAUGCUUAUUUGGUACUAAUGUAAGCGUCAAAAAUAUGUGUAUUGGCUCCAAAUAAAGUUCAAUUGUAUUGGGACUGUAAUUUUUUAUAGUACCCAUGUCAGUGAAUCUGUGAUCUUAUGAAGAUUGAAUAAAUUUGGGGUUGACAUCUUUGUUAGGGUUAUAG